AUAGCCGCCGCCACGUAAUUCCGGUCAAUCUCUCUCUUUGCCGCAUUCCUCCUCCACCAUGAAGUCGCGCGGGUAGAGCGGCCCACGCUCCUCAGACUCGCCGCGUCAAGGAAAGGAGGAAAAAGAAGCGUCGGUCGCUCUAGCCCGCGCGGCGGCGGCUGCCUUCGGCGCAUAGGACGGCAGAGUGCGCAUGCGCAGGGUGCCGUUUGCGUCGCCGCCGCCUCCGCUCUUUCGCUGCAGCCGCCGCCGCUGCUAAGGGGAGAACGAGCGGGACCAGGAGAGUCGGAGGAGCCGCGGGACAGCGGUGAGGGACGGAGGGGCGGGUGGUGGUGGUGGUGAAAGGAGCCCCAGAAGCGACGGGAGAGGAAGGCCUCAGGCCCCGCUGCGUCGGGCCUUGUCGGGUCGGGCCGAGCCUUUGCGGUCUGUGCGGGAGGGGGAGGGGCUUCGAGUAAGCCACGCCCCUCGGGCCUCGCCAUUAUUCUCCCCUCGUCCCGACCACCCCGGGCGGUGGGCGAGCGGCUAUCUGGAUCUAGGCCGCGCGGUCUCGCGGUGCCAGGGGGAAGUCUCGCGGGACUUGGGCGUGGCUCUGCGGCUCCGCUUCGGGAAGCGGCUGGAACGCAGGAAGCCCAGGCCGCUGCCUUGCCCCGAGUUUCCUGGAAGCAAGACUCCGGCCCCGUGGCCCUGCACUGACUGGCUGGCGGCUGUCCAGGGUUUGGGGCAGGGAGAUGGCCAGCCCUACCUGGGGAUGCUGCCAGGGAUCGAACCCGGGACCUUCUUCAUUCGAAGCAGAUGUUCGGCUGCUGAGCUGCGGCCCUUCCCAAGUAGGAACAGGGACAGCCUCUUUUGCGAUGGCCCUUCCUUCAAAAAUAAGGCCCAGUCCUCAAGGAUCUGAGGAAGGGGCCGAUUUAAACGGGAGUGCAGGAAGGGGCUUUAUUCCGAGUCAGACGGUUGGAUCUAUCUGGCGCAGUAUUGUCAUAGCUGUCAAGUUUCAGAUUUGAAAAUAAGGGAUCAGCAGCCUCACCUGUCCCGGGGACAGUCUAUGCGAUAUCUAACAAUCCGGGAUAGCAGUGGGAAACGGCACUGGAAUAAGGGGAUUUCCCGCAAAAAAGGGAAGGUUGACAGCUAUGAGUAUUGUCUGCACCGACUGGUAUCAGCAGUUCUCCAGGGUUUCAGGCAAGGAACUCCCCCAGCCCCACCAGGGGUUUGAAUUUGGGGCCUUGUGCACGCAAAGCAGAUGCUCUAUCACUGCCUGUUACAGCCUUCCUCUCCUUCCUCCUGGGCUUAUUCCCAUCACUCUUCAUUCCUUAGCAGGCAUGGCCAAUGGACAAGGAGGAGGAGGAGGAGGAGGAUGACUGUGAUGGGCGUUGUAGACCAGGAAUAUCUGGAGGACAGCCAGGUGCCUUACCCUGCUCCUACCUGCCUCUCAGAAACUUGAUCUACUUGUCACUGUGGGAUGGGGUGUAUUAAAUCUGACGUGCUUUUAGUAAUAACCCAGUAAUCAAAAUUGUGAGAGCGGCGAAGGGAGAAGAGGGUUUUUCCAUGGUCUGGCUGUCACUGGAGCCCUCCCCCAGCCCUUAAUUUGAGCACCAGCUCAGCACAAAAAAUUCUUAAGUUUCAAUACAACUGCUCAAAAACAAGGAGUGGGAUUUUUAAAAUAAAAAUACAACCCUUUAAAUAUAGUCCUAUAAAAAGUUGGUGAUUAAAUAGUGUGGGAGUUGUGGUCAUCGGAGUCAUUGGUGGUAGGGCAUAUCCAUUGCCCUUUGAUAAAUGCAAUUUUAGGGGUGUUUUUAAAUUCUCUUACAGUCAUAUCUCGGGCUGAAAUAGCUUCGGGUUGAGCGUUUUCGGGUUGCGCUCUGUGGCGACCCAGAAGUAACGGAACGCAUUACUUCUGGGUUUCGCCACAUGCGCAGAUGCUCAAAAUGACGUCAUGCGCAGAAGCAGCGAAUCGCGGCACGCUCAGACGUGGGUUGUGUUCGCUUCAGGAUGCGAACGGGGCUCCAGAACGGAUCCCAUUCACAUUCAGAGGUACCACUGUACUUUCGCUAGCUUUUUAUCCCACCUCAGACAACUAUUGCCUUCUAUGGUGACUCACAUCAAUUAAGAGAGAGGCUGAGAAAGAGGCAGGCCAUUCUUCCCAUCAGACUUAAAACAAGAAAGACUGGCCGUGCAAGAGAAAGGGAGUAGAGGGAGGGGGAUCGGUACUUCAAGGCCAGCAUAUUAAUGUGAACUACGGUCAGUAACUUUUUAGUCAACGGCAACCAGGAAAAUAGUUUAUAAUUUUUAAAAUAUUUUAUCAAGUACAUAUAGAUAAAGAGGGAGAAUUCAUUUUUAAGUGCUAGAAAUUGCAAAUAUGUGUGUGUGGAUGUAGUGCUGUUUUUUUUUUCUUGUGAAUCAUUUAAAAGACAAGUUCAUGGGAGAGAGGUUGGCUGUUGCUUGUCCUGGCUAAAAAUCAGCCUGUGUGUUUAGAUGCAGCAUACCUGAUGACUAGAUGCAGGAGACGAGCAGUGAAUGGCCAUCCUCAUGCCCUCCUGAUGAACUUUUUGGGGGCUGCUGCAGCUGAUAGAAUGUUGAUAUGUCAAUCUUACCUGGCAAGGUCGUUUUCCUUUAAAAGAUAAAAAAGAGUUGGCUCAGAGAACUGUCUGUUAUUGGGGCACUCCAUCCACUGAGGUGUUCUGUGAAAUUCAAGCACAUGUAUACUUUGGUAUGAAGGGAUACAUAUACUUGGGUUUCACAUAGCACUUCUGUAAAUGGAGUGGAAAAUGAUCACCUCUGAACUAUGUAGAGAACAGUGUUAUUGCCAUUGCAAAUAUUGCUAGUCACUUUAGAAAUGCAUGUAGGAGAUAAGUUUUAAUUUGUGAAUACCCCUCCCACCCCAAAUGCUCCAAUUUUGAACCCAUCUCACCCAAAUAAAAGUUUAUUCCUGCACAUGAAAACAUGUGAAACAGGAAUGGUUGAGGCUGCUAGUGAAGAAAGGAAAGGCUAGAAAGACACCAAGAAGAAGACCAGAAUGGUUUUAUUGUAUAUUUCAAGAUAGAAGAAUAUUUAUUCUACUUACACUCCUCCCUUCAUACUAAACAUGCCAACAGAUAAGCACAAUCAAACUUCAGGAAUGGGCAGGUACACAGGAAGGAACCCCUCCUGCAAAAAUGCUCCUUUUUGUCAUAAUUUCCAGUGUGCUCAACCUGCAUUCCUAGGGAAAAAAAUGCAGCAGAAUCCAAAAAAGGGGGCAAGCCAGCAAAAAUAUUAUUGUGAGAAGAAAUGAAAGGCAAAGCAAGAAAAGAAGCAUUGCUGUACCGUACUGCUAGAGCCAUUUCACUUUUGAGAAGCAAGAUCACCAAGAAAGGGAAAUAGGAAGGUGUUUUUUCCAGUCCUUAUUUAAUAAAAAGUUUAAAUCAUAGGUGAUAGCAGUAAAAGAUCACAAAGGAAAUAUUCUAGAUCGCCUAAAAGCGCAGCAAGCUUUCUUAAAUACCCCUUGCAUCCAUUUUCUUAAUUUUGAGCUAGAUUCAGCAGAAUUCUGUGGCCUGACUGCUGAUGGAGAGCCUCUGGCCGAGAACAUGAGACACAAUUGUUUAAACAGCUGCACUAGCUGACAAUUUACUACUGAGCCAGGUUAAAGGUUUUUGUAUUAAUUUACAAAGCCCUGAACAGCUUAGGUCCAGGGUACCUCAGGUCUGAUUAUAGCCCAGCUCAAUUUGCAGGAUCAUCUUUCCUUGGUCUUUCCCCAAGUUGGCAAAGCUUGUUUGACAACAGUGAGAAACCAAGCUUUUAGGGUCACCAGCCCCAUCCUGUGGAACACCCUACCAAUAGAGAUUUAGUGGGUGUCUUCUAUGCCAACUUUUAAAUGUCUGCUGAAAACUAUUAUUCCACCAGGCCUAUGCAGGCAAUUAAGAGUACAUCUCCCACAAUGGUUUGUUGAUACUUGCUUUUAACCUUUUUUGCUUUUAACUUGUUUUUAUUUUUUGUGCUUUUAUUGUAUGGCUUUUAUCGUUUAAUGUUGUAAACUGCUUUGAUAUGUUUUGUAAAUUAGCAGUAAAUAAUCUUACUGAGAAACAUUUUAUUUUUUUAAUGUAGAAACAUCUAUAAAAUAGCCAUGGCAAUCAUUUAAAUUAAAGCAGAUUGAUUUUCCACUCAUUAUUAAAGGUUCACCUUUAUUAAACAAAAAUAGCCAGUAGAGGGAAAGGACACAAGUUGAUGGGAAGGCUCAAAGCGUUAAGUGAAGUUGCCCAAGGAAACAUUCAAAAUUUUACUAAAUUCUAUAGCCAACAUUCUGUUCUCUUGGGCUGCUAAUGCACAUACAUAGGAACUCCAAUUGUAUGUACUUGGGCAGACAUUAGAUUUCUAAGUUAUAUUGAUAAUUAAAGAACCGCCCUUUGUAACCAGCAUAUCCUCAUUGAGUGGAAAAUGAACUUUUUUUGCCAUGUGUUCCAAUUCAGGCAUCUAUUUAAUAUUUGCUCAAGCGUUUAUUUUCUGGUAACUUCGUAGAGAUGACAUAACACUAGAUAGUGUGGAAAGUGAAACAAGUGCUGUGUUUAAAAGAGACAACUUAUUUCACACCCUUUAAUGAGUAGAAUCUAUCUACAAAGUACUAUAAUUUACACUUGCAUUUCAUCUUGUUUAGUAAAACACAAAAUUGCAGGUUAGGAAGAAUUUGAAACUCAAUAAUGUACAGAUGUCAAACGUAGAGAUGAGAAGGCCUAGAAAAAAACAGAAAAUUGGGGGGGGGAGUGUGGAAUAUUCAAACUAUAUCAAACUUUUUUUUUUCAAUUUUUCCGGAGGAAAACAGCUUUGGGGGGAAAUGAAAAAAACCCAGAUUCCUCCCCCCCCCCAAUUUUUCUGUUUUUCCCCCAGGCCUUCCCAUCUCUAGCAGCGUAUACCAUUAUGGUGUAACCUCCCAUGUUGAGAAAUGUGCAUGGACUGCAGGGCUGUAAAUGAACAAUCAUUUUGUACCUCUUGAACUGUUGGGAAAGGUGGGGUAUACAUUUGUUCAGUCUGCCAAUAUGCUGUAAAUAAUACUGAGAAAAUAGCUGGGAUAAAAAUAAUUUAAAUCCAGUUUAUUUUAUUUCAUGAGGCUUGGCAGUCUCAGUCUGUAAUUGCAGGGUUCGUAAGAAAUGCUCUCAGAAGCUGGUAGAGGCAGUAACGAAACCUGCAGUCCUAAAAGCUCUUUGCUUCUUCUAAAAUAGGGUUGCUGGUGAGAAAUGAAUUCCAAAGUGGCAGCCCCUUUGCACUGCUCAUCUUACGGGAAUCAGAUUGAGAGUAUGCCUCUCUUACUGACCUUUCCCAUGUAUACUUUGUUCAUGACUUUUGUAAAUGGGUUGGGAGUAAAUAGGUAGUAUUCCUUUAACUAGAUAGCUCUUGGUGAAGCUGUUGAUUAUGUCACAAAGGCCCUUUUAGUGCCACUGAAAUGACCAUUCCUGUGUUUCAUAGCACACCGGCCUGGUUCUCUUAUAGGUAUUUUUAAAACAUGAUGUUUAAGAUACAGCAAGAUUUGGGAGGCUUGUAAAAGGUGGUGAAAUGUUGUGGGCCAAGAUUGCUGAAGACUGCCGGGAUGAGCUUGUUUUGCUGGAGAGGUUGUUCUGGUGUUCAUCCAGGUGCCUUCCUUGUAUGUCUAGAUGCAUCACUGUAAGCGCUACCGCUCCCCAGAGCAGGAGCCCUACAUGAGCCACAGGUGGAAGAGGAGGCGGUCUUGCAGCAGGGAGCAACAUGAUGGAAGAACACGAUACCCAGUUCGCCGGGAUCUGUCAAGGAGGUCACGGUCUAGAAGGUGAGCAAGAGAUUAUCUUGGAACAAGCAGUCAUACCCACAUGGUGAAUGCUUGCUUUGGUACUAAAUGGUCCUUCUAAAUUGGAAUUGUAAAUGUCCAGAUCCCUUCUAGUCCUGUGUAGCUACCCCUGCAGCUACCAAAAGACACUCUUUGUGCCCUGCAGUGAAAUGACAGAAAGCAGUGUCUAGUGCAGGUUAAUAAUAAUAAUAAUAAUAAUAAUAAUAAAUUAUUUAUACCCCGCCCUUCCCGGUUCAAAAAACCAGGCUCAGGGUGGCUAACAACAAAUUUAAAACACUUAAUUGAUGCAACAAAAAACAGCAUAAAACACGAAUAACAAUAAAUUCAGUAUUCAAAAAUCAAUUUAGGGCGAAAAUCCAUCCACACAGGUUACACACAGCACUGCACUGUGGUUGCUGCACAGAUUCCUGUCCCCCCCCACCCCCAGGGCACCUUUCCCAUUUCCUAAUCACAGGUUUUUAUUUGUCACACAGCCAUGAGAGAAUGCCCUACCAGAGAAGAUACAGAGACAGAGAUGACAGUGAUGUCUACAGGUUUGAAGAGCGGAGCUCAUCUUUUGGAGAAGACUAUUACGCUGCACGCCAUUCACGGCAUCACCGGAGAUCUCGAGACAGAGAGCGCCACCGGACAAGGAAGCACCAGCAUCGCUGCCGGAAACGCAGGACCAGGUCUUGUAGCAGUACCUCCUCGGUGAGUAUCAUCCAAAAUGAGAUCAGGAUUGGUCAGGGCCUAACUAACUUGUAGCUUUUUUCCAGCUUUGAAUCAUACUGGGUGAGUACUUCUAAUCCCCUGUCUUUCUCCUCAAUGCAGAGUUAAGUUUUUCUUCUGCUUGUGUGAUAACUGGUUAUAUUAGCUGUUCUUAGUCUUGACUGUGAAUAAUUUUAGGGUCUGAGACUCGUGUGUGUUUCUCAGGAUGCAUUGGGAGGGAGAGAAGCCAAACAUGGCAUCAGUAACAAUGUGGGGGUGAGGGGGGACGUUUGUGCACAUGGCUCAGAAUCGUUUUGCACACAUGACCCUCUGCUCUCAACUUUCACAUCCUGUGUUGCUCAGCGCUUGUGUUCAGGGGGCACAGAGCAGUCUUGCCUUUGCAACCGCAGCAGGGCAUUUCUGCCAGCACCCUCUCCUUCCUAGGGCCAGGUCAAGCUGUGUCAGACUAAUUUCUCAGGACUUUUAAGCUCACAGACCUUCCUCUCCUCUCUAAGACCCUUCAUGGGUGAACAGUUCUGGUAUAAGAUGGUGCCUUCCUCACACAGUAGCCAGUCUGCACAACUUGUGUCGCUGCAGCCCACAAGUUGUAUAUGGCAGCCCGAGAGAGGCUGAAUGCACCCCCAAGAGAGGGGACAUGAAGAGUACCAGGCAGGUCUCCAUAUAUAGCUGGUGGACUGCAUCUGACUUGUUGGAUGGCAGAUUGUACUGGCUUCAGGUGGGGGGGGGUGUUGGGGAUUUUUGGAUUGCAGCACAUACGCAUAUCAUCUUCCUUUGUUAAUAUAAUUUUUUUGUUAGCAUUUCCAAGCAGCUCACAGACCUUGCCCAUUCACUCACCCCAACCACAAAGAAAAAAUUGGAAAGAAACCCAAGAGGAAUGAGUCUUGAAGCACACACCCAGUUUUGCUUCAUAGAGUCACAGACCUGUCAGUGCUCUAAUCAAUGUGCAAUUUUAUGCACGUUGAUGUAAUAUGAGUUCUGUUGUUGGUCUGGAACACACUACAGUCUCUUCCGUUCCUCUGUUUUUCAGUUAAGCUUGCUUAUGUUAUAAAGCUGAGGUUAAUCUCAUUUAACUCCACUCUUUCCCCCUCAUUCCUGUUCUUGGAAUUUAUCCCAAAGUUAUGUUUGUACAGUGCUAAGGGUAUGGAUUUUGGUUGGCGUGGCUUAAACUGUUUCAAUAUCGUACACCUUAUUUUAGGGUCUUGUCUCAACUUCUCUCAAUUUCAGACAGUCUCUUUUAGGAUUUGUAUGUGGUUGGUUCUACAGUGGAAGGGAAUGGGAGAUGAAAGGAAGAGCAGGCCUGGAGUCUGUAACCUAUUUUUGCAACUCAGCCUUGGGAGACUGCAAUUCAUUGCAUUUUGAAAGGUUAAAAGUGGAGUGGGGGGGGAAAUCAGGGAUUGGAAUAAUUAUUCACGGUAGUGGAACCCUUCAGGUUACUUGACUGUUCUUCCCCACCUUCCCCACUUCAGUAGAAGUGAGUAGCAAUGCCAGGUUGAUUUUUCAUCCCCUCCUUCUCUUUGAGAAAGCGAGAUGUUUUCCUGGGGGGGGGGGUCUAGUUGGAUUUUGAUGCUUCGCACAAUGAUUGUCAGCAGCACAAGCCAUACUUGAUUCCAAAUCAGGACACAGCCACUGCUUCUAGAGUUCUUCUAGGCUUGAUUCCAGCUCAGAAGUGAAAGCAAACCGAUCUGGCACAGGUCAGACUUGCAAGCACAUAGAAGGGUCAGAUCUGUAGUGGUUUCUUUCAGGCAGCGACACCCAAAUCCGAUCAUGCUGGAAUCAGAGGGGCUUUACAGAAACUGGCAGGCAGGGAGAGAGGCUUCAUGGGAGGAAGAGGAGGAGGCGGCUUGGGGUGGGGAAGGGAGCUGCUUAGACUUCUGCUGACCCAACUGCCUUUGGGCUGCCCGUCGUCCCAGAUGCUGGUGGAGAAGCUACUGUCCUUGAGUCCUCCUCUCUGCGCUGCUUGCUGUGUCUUUCCCUGGUGGUUAAGAAGGGAUGGUAAUUCUCUGUGGGAGGAGGGUGCCCAGGGGCUGGAGCAUCCCAGCCGCUGCUCCCCACACGAGGACCGCGUGGUUCUGCUGCUGCUGCGAGGCUCCUGCGCCUGCCUGCCUGCCUUCCAUAGCUAAUCAGAGUUUCUUUACAUACCUGUAGCUGUUUUUUAAACUUUUGUUUUGAAGUCGGUUUGUGUCUUGACGUGUCCCUUGCAAUAUCCCUAUCGUUAUAUAUGCUGUGUGCCUUAUGAAAUGCUGGGAUCUGGAAAAUCCAACCACCGACGCAUCGUCGUCUCUCCGCCUCUGAAUGACAACUCAAUCUGCCAAUCGGAACUGCCCGCUGUGUGCGAUUGGUCGGAUGGCGUUUCGGGGGGCGGUGUGUGCAGAGAAGCCAACAGAGCAAUAAGCGCAGCAGGAGCGUGGAAGAUGACAAAGAAGGUCACCUGGUGUGCAGGAUCGGCGAUUGGCUCCAUGAGCGAUGUACAGCCACCUUUCGUAAAACUUUACCUCUCUACUUUCUAUCCCCAUGUUAGACGAGAUCGCUCUCAGUGUACGGGAGGGGUCUCUAGUGUUUAUUGCUUAUAAAUGGACUGAACAGUAAAUACUUGAAACAGGAAGUAGACAAUUGUGUGUUAAAGAGUGUAGCAGUGAGAGCCUUUCUUGAGACUUGAAUGCUUUGAAAUUGCAGGACCUCACACACUCAUUAAGUCUCCAGGGCUCACAUCUGCUUUUGUUUUCUCUCCUAGAUGAAAUUGUGGGGAGCCUGGGCGAAGGCACAUUUGGCAAAGUUGUGGAGUGUGUGGACCACGCCAGGUAAGCUGUCCUGGUGAUCUUAUGUCAAGGAAUAUUGGGAUUUAGGCUUGAGGCUAAAAGAGGAUUGUGGCCCCGAGCUCCAGAACUUAAGAGAAGUUGGUGUGGGGUAGAUAGUAGUUAAUGAGCCCUUUCCAGGUAAGAAUUGUGGGUAGUGAACAUAUUUAAAUUAAUGAACAUGACAAAAUUAGGUUUAUAAAUUUCAGUGACUCUACUGUGAAUAAAACUUAGUUGAAUGGUGGGGGUAGAGAAUAUCUGGGUUGGUUCCCACUCCCCUUGUGCACUGUUUCUGCACUGCUUUUAAUUCCUGCCUAAUGAUUAUCCUUAUUAAAACAACAAAUAGAACCAAAGAGCAACAUUAAAACAGCGGAUCAGCUGUAUAUGUUAUAACCAAGUUAAACCCUAGACAACCAAGACAAUAACACAAACUGUGUGUAACAGUUCUGAGCAAAAAAGUUUUUUCCCCCCUUGACCUGUCUUGUGGCAGGUCAGUGGUUGCAAGUGGCAUGAGGACCUGGACAAUAAUCCGUUCUCAUUCCAUCUGCAAGUGCUUCCCUGCCAUGAAAAGAGUGUGCCUAGGUUGGUAUGAAAUAUGUUCCCUGGCUCACUUAAGCUCUAUAGGCCUGGCUGUACCAGAUGUGACCCUAUUGGAUUGGAUCCAGACUGAGUUAAUUGAACUGAAUGCCCAAUUAAAUUAGUAGGACUGAUGGCUAACUUGUUUCAUUGAUUUUAGUGGGAACUGAGUUCAGCUCACUUAGUCUGGAUCCAACCCAUGAGUAAUGAGCAGGAGAGAAAGUUAAAGCCUGGGUCCUCUGCCUUUCAAACUGUAGUCUCCACCCCAGCCUUUCAAACUGUAGUCACAUCCAGGACCUUUACUAAAGAAUACAAUGAGGAAUGCUUUACUUCUUUUUUCUUUCUUUAAUCUUUGGCUCCAUGGGGAGCAAUUGCAGAGAAGGGGUUGGAGUUGAUUCCUCUCCCUUCAGGAUUUUGUUGUGUGACCAAGAGUUAGGCUUGAAUUCCGUUGCAGAGAUCUCUGCUGUUGUUCCUUAUAUCUCAUUACUCAAUUUUUUCCCCUGCCUGCCUCCCCUUCUGUAGAGGCAAGUCUCUGGUAGCUCUGAAAAUUAUUCGAAAUGUUGGCAAAUACCGUGAAGCAGCCAGACUAGAAAUUAACGUCCUAAAGAAAAUUAAAGAAAAAGACAAAGAAAAUAAACAGUAAGUCUUGCUAUUGGGAUUGGGUUGAGGUUGGCUACUCCUUUCCUAAAGGAAGGGUCCAGGUGUGAACUCUGGUCAGUCUGCUCAGUGUGGUAGAACAUGAAAGCAACCGGCUCUGCCCACUGCAGGGGAAGCAGAGGAUCACCACCUUCCCUCUCCCCUCAGGAAUAGUUGGCAACUAGAACUGGUUAGUGCAGUUCUGUUAAUUGCUUUGAAAUAUAGAUAUUUAACUGCCUGGGUUAGGGCUUGGUGCUUAUGCAUCCGGGGGGGGGGAGUGGGAAGUCACAGGAUGAAAAUUCAGUUUUGGAGGAACGUACGUAGUCAUUGUCUAGUCCAACCUCUUCUCAAUGCAAGAUCUGUAGUACAGGAUGCAAUUAGCUCAUGUCUGACACAUGCCCACCCAAGCGUCUGAUUAGCAUCUCCCACAAAGGAGAGCCCUGCACCUCUCAGGGCAGCCUGUUCCACUGUAUGAGCUGUCGCUCUUAAGUGAUUUCUUCUCAUGUUCAGCCAAAUCUCCUUCCCUGCAGUUUCCACCCACUAGUUCGAGUUUCGUCCCCUUGCUUGCUCUGUCUUCUGCAUGGCAGCCCUUUAUAUAUUUGAAAAUAGCUAUCCUGUCUCCCCUUAAACGUCCCCAGCUUCUUCCACCAUUCUUCAUAGGACAGGGCUGGGGAAGCCUUCAGUCCUCCCCAUGUUGUUCAGUCCCAUUAGCGCCCCGCCCCCUGCAUGGCCAGUGGUCAGGGAUGGUAAGGGUUGUACUUCAAUGUUAGCCAGGGGACCACAGCUUCCCCCCACACUCAUAGGGCUUGGAUUCAAGACCCCCUCAACAUUCUGACUGCCCUCCUCUGGACAGGCUCUAAUUUCUCAUUAAAAUAUGCCUGGAACUGGAGACAGUAUUCCAGGUGUGUAGUCUGACCAGUGCAGAAUAUAUUGGAACUGUAGUCACGUGCAGGCAUUCAUCUGAACACGUGUUAAGUGAAACUUGAGGACUGACCUCAGAUUUCAUCUUACUGGUUUCAGCCCAGUGUUCCAGCCUGGCAAGAUACUUUUGAAUCUCAAGCCUGUUUGCUGGUGAUGAUAGCUGACCCUCCCAGCUUCAUGCCAUUGCAAAUUUAAUCAGCAUUCCCUCUACAUCCUCAAGUCAUAUUUAAAUUUUUUGAACAGGAUGGAUCCCAUGCUGGCUUGUUGUAAUCAGUGCAUAUUUUUUUAGACACUCACAGACCAGCUUUUGGAAUUUUGCCCAGUUUCAGCAUUAGGCUGGCCACUCUUUUGAAGAUGGCAACAACAUUUGCCCAUUUCCCAUCUUCAGAAACUGGCCUGUUCUUUAAGAAUUCUCAAAAGAAUUAUCGGCAAGCCCCUUCAGGAUGUGACCCUGGAGACUUGAAUUCAUUUGAAGUAGCUAAAUGUUCUCUUAUCUCCUUACUUAUCCUGAGCUGCUUGUGCCUUCUUGUAUCAUUUGUUCUAACAUUCCCAUUGCAGGAGAAGACUGAGGUGGAACAGAAGCUGAGUAGUUCUACCUUAACUCUGUCACCUAUUAACAUCUCACUGUCUGCUCACAAGCAGCAAAUUUUCUUUUUCUUCUUGCUCUGAAUGUAGCCAAAAAGCCCUUUUAAAAAUGUUAUUAGCAUCCAUUGUAGAUCUCAGGCAAUGCUGGGCUUUAGCCAUGCUACUACAUGCUACUGUAUCACUUUCGUCAUUGCUUAUAUUUCCAAUUCUCAAGCGAAGCGUGUCCUUUUAAAAUCUCAGAUAAUGAGAAAGCUCCUUGUGCAACCACACUGGCUUCUUCAGAUGUCUCAUUUUUCUUUCUCAUUGGAAUCGUUUGCUGUUGUACCUUCAGUAUUUCAGUUUUUUAAACGCCCCAUGCCUCUUGGAGCUCCUCCCUCCUUUAGAAUUUCUAGCCAUGGAUUUUAGAAUUCCCACCCAAUUUCUUUCUUUGAUUUUUGAAAUCUGCUACACUCAAUUUUUACAUCCUUUGCCAUCACAAAUUCCAAGAUGCUAUGGUCAUCUUCUCCUCAAGGUUCCUGCUGCUUUCACUCCAUCAACCAGUUCUCCCUUGUGGGUUACGAUAAAGUCCAGAAUUAUAAUACCCUUGUUCCUUUCUUUGCCUUCUGAAAGAUGCUAUUGUUGGCAGGGCAUGGCAAGAAUAUAUUGGACAUUCCAUUCUUAGCAGAGUUAGACUUCCAAGGGGUGCCAGAAUAGUUGGAAUCCCCCAUUAUUGCUAUUGUUCACUUAUGUGACCAUUUUGUAAUGUGUUUAAAGAAACCAUCACCCAUAUCUUCUGCUCAGCUGAGAGGUCUGUAGUAUACUGCCACAACAAUGUCAUUUUUGUUUCUCUCUCUAUCCUUACCCAGAUGCUUUCAACAGGGCUUCCACUCUCAGACUCAUGGAUUUUCAAGCAGGUGCAAACAUUAACAUUCUCUGUUAUACAUCUGUUAUGUACAUCUUUAUCCUCCUUUAAGAGAAGGAAGAAUUCCCUGAUACCUGUGUUCCCUGCACCCCCAUUUCCCCCAGGCCUGCCACUCACACUGAUGGGGCCGCUGGCUGUGCUGUUGUGUGUUGGGCCCUGCUGGGUGAGGGGUGGCCUGAGGAUGGAAUUUUAAAGGCAACUCCAAAUGAUUCUAGAACAGGAUGAGACAGGCAAUCAUCUAUGUGGCCCCCAAGUCUAGCCUCAGCGAGGGAAGGGAAUGGGCAGUGUGACCUCAAGAGCCACAAUUACAGCUACUGUGUGUUUUUUCUCUCCACUGGCCCAGCCUGUGUGUCCUGAUGUCGGAUUGGUUCAACUUCCAUGGUCACAUGUGCAUUGCUUUUGAACUCCUGGGCAAGAACACAUUUGAAUUCUUGAAGGAGAAUAACUUCCAGCCAUACCCUCUCUCUCACAUCCGACACAUGGCCUACCAGCUGUGCCAUGCCUUGAAGUGUAAGUAUGGCAUGUGCUCUGCUUGCUUGGGAAAAGAGGAAGGCGGCGGGAGCCUGUUCGAAAGUUUCUUCGCUUCCACCUUAAUGCUGUUUCAAUAUCUUGGAAGUUGGGAAGGCAAUAUAAACUUGAAGGCAAAGUUUAUAUUGCCUUCCCACAACCUUUUAUGAGCAUUUAUUUAAAUCAUUUAUAUACCCAUAUAAAUCACUAGAACAUUUGGGUCUGUAGAAUCUUGAUUCUAUACUUCUGUUUAGUCCUGUUGAAAUAGGCUUUGCUUGAGAGCCAAAGUGUAUAGCAGGAAUGUAAGGCCUCUUAAAACCUCUUUUUUCUCUCUCCCAUUUUUCUGUAGUUCUUCAUGACAACCAGCUAACUCACACUGACCUCAAACCUGAAAACAUACUGUUUGUAAACUCAGAAUUUGAUACCUUGUACAACGAGAAAAAGGUGGGUUACACCUAAGAGCAUAGAAGUUGUAGAAUAGCCUGCCCUUUUUGAAUGAAAGAUAGGGGAGGGGUAUUGGGAAGUGGGUGCAGCUGAGGAACUGAUGGCAAGGAUCACAUUCAGCAUCUCAGAUCACCCAGAAAUUGGAGAAUGGGAUGGGUUACACCUUCCAACUUCUGAAAUCUGGGCUCCUUGGCACGCGGUGCGUUGGCUUUUUUGAAUGUACACCACCAAGUCUGCAGACUUACAAUUUCUUUGUUUUUGAAAGGAAAGGCCCACUGAAGGCUGCAGGGCCUUCUGUCUGGAACUCUCCACCUUUUCAAAGGCAGCUCAGUAACCAUGGGUGUGUCUUCUGCAUUACAGAGCUGCGAGGAAAAGUCUGUCAGAAACACGUGCAUCCGAGUAGCGGACUUUGGGAGUGCCACGUUUGAUCAUGAGCAUCACACCACUAUUGUGGCCACUCGGCAUUAUCGCCCACCAGAAGUGAUCUUGGGUGAGUUGGCAUUAACUACUAUGGCGCUUGGGAGUCGAGUGUAGCAGUUCAAAAAACGGUGGGUGAGUGCUCAGUUUGCAAAAUGGGUUGCUUUGCAUAAGCAAGAGGAGGAACCUACAUGUCAGAGGGGCUUGUGGGGAGGAGUAUGCCUGAAAUGAAAAGGAGUGAAGCAACUGGGCAUCAAGGUUCAAAAGAGGGCAACAUCUUUCAUAGCAGAUAGUUGCGUUUUAGCUUGCUUGGGUGAGCUAGCCCUGUAAGGGGGGUGUCUGUACCUUCACUACAGCAGUUUGCACACACUUUGUGGCCUGCAGAUGAACUGGAGAUUCUAGUCUGCUGCCUCUGAUUAAGGAACUCAGUCUCUACUUAUUCCCCCAAAUGCGGGUCUCUCCGUGUGACCCAUUCAAGAGGGCAAGUGUGAGACCAUGCUCAAAGCAUGGAAAACACAAAUAGGCAAACUAUCCCCAACCCCAUCCCCACUAAUCCCCACCUACUCAUAACCCACCUACUUUCAGCAGCCAGAAACACCAUAACCAGACACUGGAGAGACCUGUCAGGAGUAAGCAUGGACCAAUGGUACCAAAUAGUAUGGGAAACAGCCCUACUAGAAAAAUUAACUAAUAAACUGAAACUGACACGGGGACAAACAGAAGAAGACGCCUUCACCCCGGUAUGGCUCCCCUUAUCACAUACACAGCCCAACAGGACAAUGACAAUAAUCCACCAACAGCAUACAAAUCAGUAUGGCUAACCUGAUCCAAAACACCCACCCACCUCACUCACACAUGAAAACAAAGAUCACCACAGCCAAUCACAAGCAAACAAUCACACCCUAGGCCAACCCCAACCUCUCUCACCACCAAAGGAACACAAGUGAACAACACAAGCACGCUGACACCAAACUCGACAUACAUUAAGCAUAAUAGAAACACCGCUACCCGACCCCACCCCCAUCCAUCUUCCCUCCCUCCACCCCCUUUCUUUUUUCUUUCUUUUUUCUUCUCCCCCAAUGCCUCAACAAAUGAAACGGAUUUGUAAAAAUGUUACAUGAAAAAAAAAAAUACGAGGCACUACACUUCUGUAAAACAAGAAAAUCCUUAAUAAAAUAUUUAUUAAAAAAAAAAGAGGGCAAGUGUGACUUCAUCACAUUUAAAUAAUGUUGAUGAGUGGGGAGUAAACUUGAAGGGGUUAAGAGGCAAGUGCUAGUUUAGAUGUUGCUAAUCACCACUUCAGUAUCACUAUAAAUUAACCCGUGGCCUCUUGGUAAGGGCUUGCAUCACUUUCACCCCUAAGUGAUUUUGCACAAAAUCAGUCCUUUAUCAACUACAGAAAUGGGAGGGCACUUAACAACAAAAAUGGUAACUUAAAGAUCAUUUUGAUUUAACCAUGGUGACAUUUGAUGGGUGGAGGGAACGUAGUCCUCCUCAGUCCUUUUUAAACCCACUGACAUUCUCACAAAGUGGCCAAAGAAUAUAUUUUUGGGGGGUGUUUCCCCCCCUCCUACAAUUGCAUUCACCCUUUAGUCACACUUGCUGUUACUGAACAGUAGGGGGCACAGUCCCCAAGAUGUGCAGAGGGCAUAGUAGCCAGAGCAUAUCUACACAGUCUGCAUACAAUGCAGGAGAAAGGCUGUGCCCUGAAGCCUUGCGCAGAGACCGCCUGCCACAUCCUGAACAUGCAGGCUGACCCGCAUUGCCCUCUUCCGCUGAACAUGCACAUCAGCAUGUGAAUUCCCACCCACUGUCAAUUUGCAGUUCUUUCCAAACUCUGUUGUGGCUCACCUUGUGUAAGACAGAGCAGCAGUUCCUUUCUUUUAUGGAGCUGAAGGAUGGCAUCAUUACUCGUCCAACCUUUUCCCGCUAAUGGGCAGGAAGGAGGAGAUUGCAUAAGGAGGAAUGUGCUACCAUCUACUUUCACUGAGCUCAGCAGAUAUCCCCAUUGCAGUGGUUUUUUUUCCUGGUGGUUUUUUCCUUUGGUAGAUUCCCUCAGCCCCCUUUUAAAGGGCAAACCACUGAAAGGUUUUCCUUGGCUGCUGAGCAGGAAAGCCCUACUUAGCAACUGAAGAACAAAAUGGUGGCAUUUGGGUACAGAGUAGAAUGGCAGUCUUCAUUCUGUAUUCUCCUUUGCAGAGCUGGGUUGGUCACAGCCGUGUGACGUCUGGAGCAUCGGCUGCAUCCUCUUCGAGUACUAUCGUGGAUUCACACUCUUUCAGGUACAGGAAUUGCUGUCCUCCUUUUUGGACCAAUUCAGCAUUGUAGUUUGCUUUCUGCUGAAUAACCUGCUGCGUACUUCUCAGUACAAUAUUGUUUAUUGGUUUUUGCUCAGUGGAAAGAGCUUUGCGGAGAGCAGAAUAAAAUCAUUGAAUCUUCCCCAAAAGCUGGCCUGGCUACACCAAGGGAUAGAGAUGGCACCAGAGUGUCCAGUAUUUGCUGAAAGGGAGGACCCCACCAGGAUGCAGGCCCUAUGGUGUUUUUUAUAACAGCCAAGAGGUUUUACUUGAAUGGCUACAGUUCCUUGCUCUGCCUGCCAGGUUUUUCUGCAGUUUGGCUCCUGCUCUGCAACCUAGAGAUCUAGUUGUGCUUUUGAAGACAUUACCCGGCAUGUUUUCCCCUUCUGUUUAAGGGGUCUUUGCUUGUUCUUUUCCUUGUAAAGUGCUGGAGAAAUCACUAUCACAAAUAGGCAUUUUAGGCAUUAGCAUGCUACUUACUGCAAAACCCCAAGGCUGGGGUUGUUGGAGAGAACAGUGGGCCCGGUCACCUCUCCCAGUUUCCUGGAAAUGCUGUCAUACAUUUCACUCCUUAUGGAGUGACCAUUUCCCAAGAGGUAUAUAAGAUGAGCCUUGCUGAACCAGACCAAAGGCAUGCCUGGUCCAGUAUCCUGUCUCCCACACCAGCCAGCCAGAUGCCUGGAAGGGCUGUAGCUCAUGAUUUGCAUGUGAAAAGUCCCAGGUUUCAUCCCCGGCAUCUCCAGGUAGGGAUUGAAAAGAUUCCUGCUUGAAGCCCCAUACCUGCCCUGCUAAGUUCAGCAUAUAUUUCUCUCUCUGCAGACUCAUGAGAAUAGAGAGCAUCUUGUGAUGAUGGAGAAGAUCCUUGGCCCAAUCCCACAGCAUAUGAUCCGCAAAACACGGUAGGAAUGCUUGGUUUUGACUGGUAAAUAGGUGGUCCCCAAAUUAGAGAGAGGCACUUUGGGCAAAUAAACAAGGUCAGUGAGAUUUGUUGACGAUUUAAUAUGGACUCUCCUGUGUUUUAUGCUCUCAAAAAAAUUACAUGAGGCAGCAAGGCCUGUAGAUGACAUGUUUAGAUGCGCAACUCAAGUGCUCUGUACAUUUUUAGAGGCAGUCUAUGGAUUUAUUCAACUGCUUGGGGGGAAGAUGCCAUUUCUUUUGCCUAACUCAGCCCAGUACAUGUGUUCAAUUUAAGCUCUCUCUCCUCACCCAGGAAACAAAAAUAUUUUCACAAGGGAAGUCUGGUAUGGGAUGAGAACACCUCUGAUGGGAGGUAUGUCCAGGAAAACUGCAAACCAUUGCAGGUAAGAACCACUUGAUCUGCUCUGGUCAGAAUGUAUUAAGCAGUUCUUUAUGCAAAUACUUGUUUGUAACUGAGCACCUGAAAGCUAAAUUACCGUAUUUUUUGCUCUAUAAGACUCACUUUUUCCCUCCUAAAAACUAAGGGGAAAUGUGUGUGCGUCUUAUGGAGCGAAUACAGGCUGCGCAGCUAUCCCAGAAGCCAGAACAGCAAGAGGGAUUGCUGCUUUCACUGUGCUGCGAUCCCUCUUGCAGUUCUGGCUUCUGAGAUUCAGAAGAUUUUUUUUCUUGUUUUCCUCCUCCAAAAACUAGGCGCGUCUUGUGGUCUGGUGCGUCUUAUAGAGCGAAAAAUACGGUACUCUCAUUGUGUUCAUCCGCAUUGCUUGCUUCUCAGCAAGGCCUUUGAAACAGGAAACCAAGCCCAUUAGAAACACCAUCUUCUGAAUAUACUGGACCUUUCUUUUAUCUGCUUCCAUCUUUUCUGCUCGUGGGGAUGCAGAGUGGAAUAAUUACGUUCCACUCUCCCCAUCCCAUUUUUUCUGCAUCACACCUUUCCACAUACCAGGUAGGAGCUUUUCAUGAGGACGACACUCCACUUUUGUGGCUGCGAGAGGACUCUGUCAACUGAGCUCCUGGUCUCGUAUUUUUUUGAAAGAGCUUUGUUUACUUUCCCCCAAAACUCUUAAGCCUUACCACUUCUUGAUGCAGUUAUAACCUGUGUAAUUCUGCUUGUAUUGAUAAGUGAAGCAGAAAACAUGCAAGCCAGCCCAUACUGUCCGUAAGCAGUUUUCCCACCCUAAAGAAGAGUUUUGUCUUCUGGGGUGUUGCAGGAUAGCUCUUCACAAGUCUACCACAGCACCCUGUUGGCUUGAUAAUGCUGGGCAGAUUUUGUGAAUGUGUGCUUGCAUGGAGAAAUUAGUCAACCCAUCCCUAACAGGAGCUACUAGUGGUGACUAACGAUAUACUGUUUGUCCCUCUUUUGAGAAACCCCAAAUGCUUUGACUUUGACUUUCCUAAAUUGUGUGUAUUCAUCAACUGGCAGGUGCCUCUUUGCGCACCUGUUUCUCUUAGCCAAGAUGGAGAGCCAAGGUAUGUCUCCAUAGCCAGAAGCCCUUGGAACUGCAUCAACAGUGAAAGCUGAGCUCCUCUGGCAUUGUGUGCUUCAGACAGCCAUGAUGCAGGUGCAGCCCUGCUGGUACAGGACUACACUGGGUAGUCUUAGGACUACUUAGGACACUUUGUGUUGCCUGCUACUCUGCCACUACUAGUUUUACAGUAAAAGUCCUGGGAGAGCGACUUAUUAAACUCCCUAUUAUUUAGACCUUACACCAAAAUAAUAGAGCUUGGCACUAUUGUAAUCACAUAACUUGGUUUCCUUUAAUACUCCUGGGCAACACUAAACCAGUUCUCUCCAUUUGUUGUUUUUUAGUUGUGUCCGACUCUUCAUGACCCUAUGCUCUGGUCUAAUUCCUCCCCUGCUUAUUCCUUUUUCUAGACAUACAUGCUGCACGAUUCUGCUGAGCACAUGCAGCUGUUCAGUCUGAUGAGGCAAAUGUUAGCGUUUGAUCCUGCCCAGCGGAUCACGUUUGGCGAAGCUCUGCUCCACCCGUUCUUCGCUGGCUUAUCUGCAGAGGAAAGGCGGCUUAGUUGCCGAGAUUCAAACCGGGACCUGAGCAGAUGACAGAUGGGGAUCAUGGAGAUUCCUGCAGGAUGUGUACAUACUCCAAGACUGGCCUGACAUUUAUUGGGGAGACUCCAGAGACCCUUCUGUAGCAGCGUUCCAAGGGGUUGGUGCAAUGUCAGGAGGACCCUGGGCCUGGGCGGGGGGGAGACAGCAACCCAAAAGCACAGAUUUGUCUCAUAUAUUUAUAUGUUGUAAAGUUCAAAUAAAGUGUUUCAUAUUGUUUGAUAAUUUACUUGUAUGACUGUGUCCAGCUAUUUUUGCUCCCUGCCCUACUGAAUUUUUCUGUUAACAAUAAAAUAGUGGUUUUAUAGCUUGCCACCAAUCUCUGCUGGGCGUUUACAAAGUAGUUUCUUCCUUGCUGUGCUAUCAGCCAUCUUUUCUUUACAAGAAACCUGCAUGAAGGAGGGAAAGAGGAUGGAGGUUUGUUCCCCCCGCCCCCAAUUGCUUCCUUCAUAUUGUGUGGGUAAUGCAAUCUUAGCUAUUGCCUGCAUUUUGUCACAGGUAUGUGCUUGUUCAGUUCACUUCAAAGUUUUGGAGGAGCUUCAAUCGGGCAAUUGUUUGGAAGGCUUUAUGCCCUGAAUUAUGCCUGUAAAAAGGCAUCUCAGGCCAUCUAGCAGGCUGUCCUGCCAUUUUGGUAAAUCAGAGAUGGAUAUAGGGCAGAUAAGUGGCUUGAUCAAUUCUAAUAGUAAAGCUUUGGUCAGUGUAGGUUCUCAGUGGUUGUAAUAAACAUCUGUUUUUCUCCUAGAGGUACAGGGUUCUCUUUUAAAAUGUUUUGGCAUGAAUGGAAGGUUCUUGGAAGAGUGAAUCUGCAUUUUCCAUUAUAACUGUAGUUGGGAGUUUUUAGGAAAUAAAAUUAGCGAAAUCAUU